AUGGCCAGCGGAAGUGAGAGCUCGGACGAGUUUUACGAUGCACUGGACGAGAGUAUAGUGGCUAGAUCUUCACUCGAAGGCGAAGGUGGAAGGGCCCCAAGCGGUGGUGGCAGUGCCAGCAAAAGACGUUCCGCGAAUCGUACCGAAACGACUCAUACUACGGAGCACGUAACGAACAGAGAGCAUUAUGCAGCACCGUACACGGAAAUUUUGCCAUCCGUACAGCAGGACCGGAUCGGGCAGCUUGAACCAAUCGCGGACAGCACCACGAAAAGGAGUCCCCUCAAACCGGUCGCAAAAGGGCUCGCGGGAAGUGUGGCCUCCUCUGCCUUUGGUGACAAACCAUUCAAGGAACCGAAAUCGCUUCGUAGUCAGCGAUUUCACGAGUUGCGCCAAAGCAUGCAAAACGACGAAGACGAGAAUCCUGGCAAUAUUCUGACGCCUGACUCACAGAAUAGUUCGGUAGAGGGUGUGUACGUGACUAGUAGCCGAUCGAACUAUCCAUUUCGCGUGAUUGAAAGUGAUGUUGCCAGCAUCCAUAGCAUUUCCUCGCUCGGUAUUGUCGGACGCAUAAUGGCGGGUGGUAGCAUAGAUGCGAGCGCACACAGCGCAGGUUCAUCCAGUAUGAAGCAGAUGCAAGCAACAGGCAAACAACAAACCAGUAAAAAAGGCAGCAGUGGAUCAGCUAAUACAGAGGUUACCAACAGCACAAAGCACCUAGCUAACACGAAAACCACCGAUGCAGCGGUAUUCGCGGUCCCUACCACUACCACCACUAGUAACACCUCUUCCGUACCAGAGCGCCCUGUGGCACCGCCCCGUCGAAAGAAGAAAACGCGCAAACUGUCGAGCAGCUCGUCCGAACAGUGUAAUAUGAACGAAGGCCUUAAACUACCACCGGCAGACAGCUCAUCGAGCGAGUUACUCGUGGUGAAGCUACCACCGUCUGCUGGUGAUACUGGCAGCCGGGGCGUUGGUAUUGAACCGGCCAACAUCAUCACUACCAAGCACAGCAGCAGCACCGGCAGCAACGGGGUGAGCAGUGCGAGCGGGUCCGAUGUUACCACCACCGGCGGUGACAGCAAUAGUGGCCAAACGCUUCCAUCUCCUGCCACGCUCGAAUCAAUCACGCGGGAAAUUGAAAACUCGUUCGAAGAGGCGGCAAGUGCGGUGGUAGCAUCGGUCGGAACUGUUGGCGCAUCCACUGCCGGUCUAUCCUCCCUCACAAACGGUGGCAGCGGUGGUGCUGGUGGUGGUGAGGGAUCGUUGAAGCGCAUUGCGCACCAAUCGUCCACAGCAAUGGCGCUCGGCGGAAGUCAAUCCAAGUGUAGCCAUAUCAGCCCAACGGGCAGCAUCAAGAGCAUUUCCGGCCCUUCGUCCCACGUCAGCUGGACGGAUAAUGCGCAGGGACUGAACAUUUACAAGGCGACCAAGGGCCAGUACGUGGUGAAGCCGACCGAUGGUGCAUUCAACAAGGCGGAAGGACCGUCCCGGGACGAGAUUGCAAGGGUUGAGCGUAUCCGGCGGGAAUUCUUUCGUAAUGUGGGUAGCAUCGGUGCGGCUGGUAGUGGUACUGGUGGUAGCGUUGGUGGUGUCCCCGGUCUCGGUGUGGGUGGAAUGAGUAAUCAUCGUAAGAACUACUCCUUUACCGGGACGAACAGUCUCGAAGGUGGCAUGCGGCAUGGUAGCCAAACCGGCAAGCAGUUGCAUUUGCGCGAACGCCGAAAAUCUGCCGGCGACGAGGAACAGUUUAAGCAGAUGAACAUGUAUGUGCGAACGCGCACCAACUCCGGCAAGCAGCUGACGGACAUGGAGAUACUCGAGCAGGUGCCGGUGAAGAACCUGGAUACGGGUGAAAAUUUCCCGCUGUCGGCGGUAGAGGAAAAAUUGCCACACUGCAUCAAUCCACUUUCGUUACACAUCAUGCGGCUGACGAGCCACAUCCCGGAAACGGACGAAGAGUCGGUCGGACCGCAACCAGACUCGGACUCUAUACAGCCCGGUUACGAGGAGGAGCUGGAGUCGGAAGGACUCGAAGGUGGCCGACUGAAACGACGAACGGCCAGGUUGAAACGAUUCUUCCGCUCGACCGCAAAGAAAACGGUCAACAAGGCGAAAUCAAUCGCGUCGGAAGUGUCGCACGCCCGGCACAAGGAGGACGUUGCCGACAUCCAGGACGUGGGCAAUCCGGAACAGAACAUCAAAAUCAAGGCAUCCAGCACCAACAAGGGACCGUACGAUUUUGCCAAGUUGCAGCACGUGCAGGAUCUGUCCGGUGAGCACACCGUGGCGGUAUGGUGCAUGAAGUUUAGCAGCUGCGGCCGUCUGCUGGCAACGGCAGGGCAGGACCGUGUCCUCUGCAUCUGGGUGCUGAAGGAUGCAUACCCAUUCUUCCAAACGAUGCGCACGAAGUACAAUGCGUACCAGAAGUCAUCGCCCUCACCGUCGGAGGAGGCACUAAACACGACGUUCGUUACGUGUGAAUCGUUCACUGCGGAACCGUCCGACGACCCAUCGCCCGGACCGUUUAUGUCGCGUGCGUUCUGCACGUACACCGGCCAUACGUCCGACCUGCUCGAUGUAUCCUGGUCGAAGAAUUACUUCAUCCUGUCCAGCUCGAUGGACAAAACGGUUCGGCUGUGGCAUAUCUCCCGGCGCGAAUGUCUCUGCUGCUUCCAGCACAUUGACUUCGUGACGGCGAUCGCGUUCCAUCCGCGGGACGAUCGUUACUUUCUCAGCGGCAGCCUGGACGGUAAGCUGCGGCUGUGGAACAUACCGGAAAAGAAGGUCGCGCUGUGGAACGAGGUGGACGGCCAGACGAAACUCAUCACGGCGGCAAACUUUUGUGCGAACGGUAAAUUUGCGGUGGUCGGUACGUACGAUGGGCGGUGCAUCUUCUACAACACGGAUCAGCUGAAGUACCACACACAGAUCCAUGUACGGUCCACGCGGGGUCGCAAUGCUAUCGGGCGCAAAAUCAGCGGCAUCGAACCGAUGCCAGGUGAGGACAAAAUUCUGGUCACAUCAAACGAUAGCCGCAUCCGGUUGUACGAUUUGCGGGAUUUAAACCUUAGCUGCAAGUACAAGGGUUACCUAAACUCAUCGUCCCAAAUCAAGGCGUCUUUCAGCCAUGACGGCAAGUACAUCAUAUCCGGGUCGGAAAACCAGUGCAUCUACAUCUGGAAGACGCACCACGAAUACACCAAGCUAAGCUCGGUGAGGCGUGAUCGGAGCGAUUUCUGGGAAGGUAUUAAGGCGCACAAUGCCACCGUAACGUGUGCAAUAUUCGCACCCAAACCGGAGGCAAUUAUCAUGCCCGAUUUGGAUGAGUUCAACCGCAACGACAUCACCCUCAACCAAUCGCUCGUGGAGCAAAGCGUCAAAGCGUGCGGUGGGUAUGUGAUGGUGAGCGCUGACUUUAGCGGUUGCAUCAAGGUGUUCAUCAACAAAACGAAACCGAAGCACAGCAGCCUUCCGUACACGGCAAUAGCGGAUUAA